AUGAUGGCUGAGCAACUCCUUCCUCAAGCUUUGUAUUUGAGCAAUAUGCGGAAAGCUGUGAAGAUUAGAGAGAGGACUCCAGAAGAUAUAUUUAAGCCUACCAAUGGGAUCAUUCAUCAUCUAAAAUCCAUGCACCGGUACACGCUGGAAAUGUUUAGAACUUGCCAGUUUUGUCCACAAUUUCGGGAGAUCAUCCACAAAGCCCUCAUCGACAGAAGCAUCCAGGCCUCCCUGGAAAGUCAGAAGAAGCUCAACUGGUGUCGAGAAGUCAGGAAACUUGUAGCUUUGAAGACGAAUGGUGAUGGAAACUGCCUCAUGCAUGCUGCUUCUCAGUACAUGUGGGGUGUUCAGGACACGGACUUGGUCCUGAGGAAGGCACUCUACAGCACUCUCAAGGAGACGGACACACGCAACUUUAAAUUCCGCUGGCAGCUGGAGUCUCUGAAAUCUCAGGAGUUUGUGGAAACGGGGCUUUGCUACGACACCCGGAACUGGACUGAUGAAUGGGACAACCUUAUCAGAAUGGCAUCCCCCGACACACCAGGCGCCCGGAGCGGCCUUCCGUAUAAUUCACUGGAGGAAGUACACAUAUUUGUCCUUUGCAACAUCCUCAGAAGGCCGAUCAUUGUCAUUUCAGACAAAAUGCUGAGAAGUUUGGAAUCGGGCUCCAAUUUCGCUCCUUUGAAGGUGGGCGGAAUUUAUUUGCCUCUCCACUGGCCUGCCCAGGAAUGCUACAGAUACCCCAUUGUUCUCGGCUACGACAGCCAACACUUUGUACCCCUGGUGACCCUGAAGGACAGUGGGCCUGAAAUCCGAGCCGUUCCACUUGUUAAUAGAGAGCGAGGGAGAUUUGAAGACUUGAAAGUUCACUUUCUGACAGAUCCUGAAAACGAGAUGAAGGAGAAGCUUUUGAAAGAGUACUUGAUGGUGAUAGAAAUCCCAGUGCAAGGCUGGGACCACGGCACCACCCACUUGAUCAAUGCUGCAAAGUUGGAUGAAGCUAACUUACCAAAGGAAAUAAACCUGGUCGACGAUUACUUUGAACUUGUCCAGCACGAGUACAAGAAGUGGCAGGAGAACACGGAGCAGGGGCGGAGAGAGCUGCACGCCCAGCAUGCUUUGGAGCCCUCUGUGCCCCAGCUCUCCCUCAUGGAUGUAAAAUGUGAAACACCCAACUGUCCUUUCUUCAUGUCCGUGAACACCCAGCCCUUAUGCCAUGAGUGCGCAGAGAGGCAGCAAAAGAACCAGCACAAGUCCCCCAAGCCGAACCCCAAGCCGGGCCCGGGCGUGGUGCUUGGAGCCUCUCGGGGCGAGGCCUACGAGCCCGCGGCCUGGAGCCCCGAGGAGCCAGCCGGGGGGCCCCAUUCAGCCCCUCCGACAGCGCCCAGCCUCUUCCUGUUCAGCGAGACCACGGCCAUGAAGUGCAGGAGCCCCGGCUGCCCUUUCACGCUGAACGUGCAGCACAACGGAUUCUGUGAGCGUUGCCACAAUGCCCGGCAACUGAACGCAGGCCGCAAUCCGGACAGCACGAGGCAUUUAGAUCCCGGUAAGUGCCGAGCCUGCCUCCAGGACGUCACCAGGACAUUUAAUGGGAUCUGCAGCACUUGCUUCAAAAGGACUACGGCAGAGCCCGCCUCAAACCUCAGCUCCAGCAUCCCUCCUUCCUGUCAUCAGAGGUCCAAGUCCGACCCAGCGCAGCUCAUCCAGAGUCUCUCCCCUCAUUCUUGCCGCAGAGCUGGGAACGAGACCCCCUCUGGCUGCUCUUCUCAGGCCACUCGCACUCCUGGGGACAGGACGGGCACGAGCAAGUGCAGGAAGGCUGGCUGCAUGUAUUUUGGGACUCCCGAAAACCAGGGCUUUUGCACGCUGUGUUUCAUCGAGUACAGAGAAAAUAAACAUUUUGUGGCCGCCUCGGGGAAAGCAGGUCCCGCGGCCUCCAGGUUCCAGAACGCGGUCCCCUGCCUGGGGCGGGAGUGUGGCACCCUCGGAAGCACGGUGUUUGAAGGGUACUGCCAGAAGUGUUUUAUUGAAGCUCAAAACCAGAGAUUUCAUGAAGCCAAACGGACUGAAGAGCAGCUGAGAACGAGCCAGCGCAGAGACGUGCCUCGAACCACACAGACUGCCUCCCGGCCCAAGUGUGCCCGGGCCUCCUGCAAGAACAUCCUGGCCUGUCGCAACGAGGAACUCUGCAUGGAGUGCCAGCACCUGGGCCAGCGGGUGGGCCGGGGAGAGCCCGUUCCCGAAGAGCCCCCCAAACAGCGCUGCCGGGCCCCUGCCUGUGAUCACUUUGGCAAUGCCAAGUGCAACGGCUACUGUAACGAGUGCUUUCAGUUCAAGCAGAUGUACAGCUAA